CGGGAGGGAGCAGCGGCCGCUCUGGUCGGCGGACGUGCUGCCGAGCAGUCCCGGAAGCGAAGGAGCGAUGGCGGAGAGUCCGACUGAGGAGGCGGCGACGGCAGGCGCCGGGGCGGCGGGCCCCGGAGCGAGCGGCGUCGCCGGUGUUGUUGGCGUUAGCGGCGGCGGCGGGUUCGGGCCGCCUUUCCUGCCGGAUGUGUGGGCGGCGGCGGCGGCAGCGGGCGGGGCCGGGGGGCCAGGGAGCGGCCUGGCUCCGCUGCCCGGGCUCCCGCCCUCGGCCGCUGCCCACGGGGCCGCGCUGCUUAGCCACUGGGACCCCACACUCAGCUCCGACUGGGACGGCGAGCGAACCGCGCCGCAGUGUCUGCUCCGGAUCAAGCGGGAUAUCAUGUCCAUUUAUAAGGAGCCUCCUCCAGGAAUGUUCGUUGUACCUGAUACUGUUGACAUGACUAAGAUUCAUGCAUUGAUCACAGGCCCAUUUGACACUCCUUAUGAAGGGGGUUUCUUCCUGUUCGUGUUUCGGUGUCCGCCCGACUAUCCCAUCCACCCACCUCGGGUCAAACUGAUGACAACGGGCAAUAACACAGUGAGGUUUAACCCCAACUUCUACCGCAAUGGGAAAGUCUGCUUGAGUAUUCUAGGUACGUGGACUGGCCCUGCCUGGAGCCCAGCCCAGAGCAUCUCUUCCGUGCUCAUCUCCAUCCAGUCCCUGAUGACUGAGAACCCGUAUCACAAUGAACCUGGCUUUGAGCAGGAGAGACAUCCAGGAGACAGCAAAAAUUACAAUGAAUGUAUUCGGCAUGAGACCAUCAGAGUGGCGGUCUGUGACAUGAUGGAAGGAAAGUGUCCCUGCCCUGAACCCCUACGAGGGGUGAUGGAGAAGUCCUUCCUGGAGUAUUAUGACUUCUAUGAGGUGGCCUGCAAAGAUCGUCUGCACCUUCAAGGCCAGACUAUGCAGGACCCUUUUGGAGAGAAGCGGGGCCACUUUGACUACCAGUCCCUCUUGAUGCGCCUGGGACUGAUUCGUCAGAAAGUGCUGGAGAGGCUCCAUAAUGAGAACGCCGAAAUGGACUCUGAUAGCAGCUCGUCUGGGACAGAGACAGACCUGCACGGGAGCCUGAGGGUUUAGACCCUGCUCCCCUCUCCCCUCCCCCCACUCGAGAGUCCCAGCAAAGUCCCUUCCCCCCACCCCAGGGAUGGAGAGGCACUUGUGUAUCUCCCUCCAAAUGUGACAUCAUCCCGCAAGAUGGCAAGAACCAAGCAAGCUUGGAUCCCAGGGUGUGGAAGUGGGGAGGCUGUUCCCGAUCUGACCUCCUUGGCUCUCGAGCAUCUGGGGCUGUGUUCAUCCCAUAUCAGGGGCCAAGGUACCUAUGCAGGAGCACCUAGGGCGAGGGCCUCUGGCAAAAACAAAACAACCAACACACCUCUCCACAGGGCCAGCUCCUUAGGGACAGGUGGAGACAGAAAUUGCAAUUCCUAGAGGGAGUGUGCCCAAAUGAUUUAUGGGGAUAUCUGGAAGGGAGCUUGGGGUGGGGGGCUGUCUGUGACACUUAAGCAGUCUGGGUGGUUGUCUGUCUGUCUGUCUUCAGUUUUGAAGCAGGGCUUCCCAAUGCCCUUUUCCUCCCUGCCUCUUUACCCCCAUUAUUUCCCACAGGCCAGCAUAAUUUUGUUUUUCCUAAUUUAUAGUCACUGUUCUAGACAGACCAAAGAGAAGGAACAGUGGUGGAGUCUAGGCUGCUGAUGAGUAAGCUUUACCUAGCACCUGAGCACCUUUCUCCUCUGCCCCCCAUUCCCUCACCCAUUCUAGAUUUAAGACAAGGUAAAUGUGGCUGGGCCUGAACCAAGGUCUUGGUAAAGCCUGCACAGGCACCAUAAGAAGCUGAAAAUGCCGUUUGUUCCCACAGUCACCGAUUUGAAAAGUUCCCAUUGCAGACAGCUGUUGUGUGUAUGGGAUUAGAGCCACUACAUAGAACAGUCUCUUACAGAUUUUUCAUAAAUACUAGUCACAAUGAGGGUAUUACUCCUGGGGGUGGGGUACAGGGGGGAGGCUGAUGCUAGUCCUAUUGUAUUUUGUUUGGCUGUCCUUGUGUGUUUUCACCUCAGCCUGUAGUCCCCUUCCUCACUUCAAAGCCCAGGGAGUUGUGGGGAGCAAGCAUAGCCAAUGGCAGAGGGGAUUGGGGCUGGGACUCUGAAGACUCCUCCCCUUCUCUCCCCCCUCCCCCCCAACUGCUCUUUGUCACUGACUCUGAUGGGUGUUUGCCUGGCUGUGUCGCUUCUCUAUCUAUUUAGCUGCAGUGAUCCUUUAUCUGGUUGGCUCAGAAAAAUGUGCUUUAGGUGCCCUGUGACACUGGGCAUCAAGGGAACCCAUCCUUCCCCUUUUUGAUGUGUUCUCCUGUACUUUCCAGAUUCUUACUGAUAGGUCUCCCAGUGGGGUACUGGUGAUCCACAUGACACAGGGCCUCAAUCAGUAUCCAGCCACGAGUAAGGGAGAGGAUAACUUGUACCUGCUCUGCCCGCUGCUAGAGAGGCUUCUGCCUUGUGGGUCAUGAGACUUCCUGGGGAAGUUGGGAAGGGGGUUGGGCACAAAGGAGAAUGUCCUACUUGGGAUGGCAGGAAGCAAAGGAACUGGACAGGAAGUGGGCUUGGGGGACAGAAGUGUAGCUUUGAUACCUGAAGGCUGGGUCUCUUCACGAGGAGACUCAAGAAGGGGCCCUGCUUCCAAUUUCCCUCUUCCAUUCCCAGAGCUAGUACAGGGCUUGGAAGAAUGCCCUUGGUCUGUUGGUCCAGUGUUACCUGUCAUACAUUUAAGUGUUCCCACUUUCAAGUGACAAUCCUCUCCUUGGCCCUGCCAUGGGCAGAGCAUGUCUGGCGUACUAGCCUGACUUUUACGUCCUAAUCUUGAGUUGAGGAAAUAUAUGCACAGGAGUCAAAAAGAUGUCUUUAUAUCUGACUGUACAUAAAGUUUUUUUUUUUUUUUUCUUUUUGGUGCAAUAAAGUUUGUUUUGGC